AUGGGUAAGUCUAUAGAGCUGGCGAAGAUUAUCCAGAAGAGGAAGGUCAAUAUAGCUUGUGUUUCGGAGACAAGGUGGGUAGGAUCGGAAAGCGAUGAAUGCGGACGGGUUCAAUUGUGGUACUUCGGACGCGUGAAGGGCAAGAACGGAGUAGGUAUUUUGGUGGAUAGGGAGAUCAGGGAGUCAGUAGUAGAGGUUAGGCGGGUGAGUUACAGAUUGAUGGAGAUUAAGUUAGUCGUUGGAGGGAGAACUCUAAAUGUCGUUAGCGCUUAUGUGCCGCAAGCGGGCCUGGACGAGGAAGUUAAGAGGCGCUUCUGGGAGGGGUUGGUUGAGGUGGUGCGGGGUAUUCCGCCUAAGGAGAAGUUAUUUAUAUGA